CAAGCAGCAUACACAGGCACAUGAAUAUGUGCACUCAUCAGUAAUCAUAAUCCAAAGAUGGCCUCGAGAUCACAAACAAUCUCAUCACCUGCACUACUACUUGGGUUCCUCGUGCUACUGCUGCCCCUGCAGUUCACUGAUGCAUCAUCAGGCCAAACGACGAUCUACGUUGUGUACAUGGGUAGGAAGAUGCACGAUGACCCAUCCGUGGUCAUGGCAUCUCACCACGCCGCGCUGACCUCCAUUCUUGGGAGCAAGGAUGAAGCCCUCAACUCCAUAGUCUACAGCUACAAGCACGGAUUCUCCGGUUUCGCGGCGAAGCUCACCGAGGCGCAGGCAGAGGCACUUCGGAAGUACCCUGGUGUUGUGAGAGUGAGGCCUAACACUUACCAUGAACUGCACACGACUCGGAGCUGGGAUUUUCUUGGCAUGAGCUACGGCCAACAGGCAUCGUCGUCGUCGUCGUCGUCGUCACGGCUCCUUAGGAAGGCCAAUUACGGCGAAGAUGUCAUCGUCGGCAUCAUAGACUCAGGCAUCUGGCCGGAAUCACGGAGCUUCGAUGACAGCGGGUACGGCCCCGUGCCGAAACGGUGGAAAGGCGUGUGCCAGACCGGCCAGGCGUUCAACGCGAGCAGCUGCAACCGGAAGGUCAUCGGCGCGCGGUGGUACGCCGGGGACGGCGUCGACGAGUACAAGUCGCCGAGGGACGCGCACGGCCACGGCACGCACACCGCGUCGACGGUCGCCGGCUCCCCGGUGCGGGGCGCGAGCCACGGCGCCGGCAGCGGCCUGGCCGCCGGCACGGCGCGCGGCGGGGCGCCGCGCGCGCGGCUCGCGAUCUACAAGGCGUGCCACCGCGUCGGCAUCCAGACGGCCUGCGGCGACGCGUCUGUGAUCGCGGCCGUCGACGACGCCAUCGGGGACGGCGUCGACGUGCUGUCCCUUUCGCUGGGAGGCGGCGACGAGAUCCGCGAGACGCUGCACGCCGUGAGGGCCGGGAUCACCGUGGUGUUCUCCGCGGGGAACGAAGGCCCCGUGCAGCAGUCCGUCGUCAACACCCUGCCGUGGCUCAUCACGGUGGCCGCCGCCACCGUGGAUCGCACCUUCCCGACAGUCGUCACACUCAGCGAAGGAGAGAAGCUGGUGGGUCAAUCAUUGUAUUACCACAAACGCUCAGCAGCAUCCAAGAGCAACGACAGCUUUAGUUCGCUCCAUUUCACGGUCGGCUGCGAGAAGGAGCAGCUGGAGUCCGAAAACAUCACCGGAAAAAUCGUGGUAUGCAUUGAACCGUCGGCGGGGUUAGCCAGCGCUGCGCUAGGCGGCAUCGCCGGCGGAGCCAAGGGCAUCAUCUUCGAGCAGCACAACACCGACGCCCUCGACACCCAGAUAAUGUUCUGCGAAGGCCACAUACCCUGCAUUGUGGUGGACAAGGAUACCAGAUUCAGGAUCUUAGAAAGCAGAAGCAAGAUGGCGAAGAUUUCUCCGGCGGCGACCAUGGUCGGGCCGGAGGUGGCCUCACCGAGAGUCGCGACGUUCUCGUCAAGGGGCCCGAGUGCACAGUUCCCUUCUAUCCUCAAGCCCGACAUAGCUGCACCUGGAGUGAGCAUAUUGGCAGCCAAGCGUGACUCGUACGAGCUCAUGUCCGGUACAUCCAUGGCAUGCCCUCAUGUCUCCGCGAUCGUCGCCUUGCUCAAGUCGGUUCACCCGGACUGGUCGCCUGCCAUGAUCAAAUCUGCCAUUGUUACCACAGCAUCGGUGACGGAUCGAUUCGGCCUGCCAAUCCAAGCCAACUCAGUGCAAAGGAAACCGGCUGACCCCUUCGACUUCGGCGGUGGCCACAUACAGCCAGACAGGGCCAUGGAUCCUGGCCUGGUAUACGACCUGAAACCGGACGACUACACCAACGACGACAUCGCCAUUGAACAGCUCAACCUCCCCUCCAUCGCCGUGCCUGACCUCAAGAAUUCCACCACGUUCACCCGCACGGUGACCAACGUCGGGCCGGCGAAGGCGACGUACCGGGCGGUGGUGGAGGCGCCGGCGGGGGUGAAGAUGAGCGUGGAGCCUCCGGUGAUCGCCUUCCAGAAAGGUGGCCCUAGGAACGCGACGUUUAAGGUGACGUUCAUGGCGAAGCAGAGAGUGCAGGGUGGCUAUGCGUUUGGGAGCCUGACAUGGCUGGAUGACGGCAAGCACUCGGUGAGGAUCCCUGUAGCCGUUCGGACCGUCGUCCGGGACUUCGUCGCUGAUGUAUCUUGAUGAUCGAGUUCGUUCUGGGCAGGAUGUGUGUUCCACGUUGUUGAUUCUUCACCCUUUCGAUUUCCUUUUCUCGCUUUGCAAUUAAUUCGGUUUACUGUCCAAGCCGCCAGCCAUUCGUGUUCUUGUAAUAAGAAAGGGACGACGUGGAAACUCUUCAAUAAUUAAUACCUCAUUCGAAAUCAGUUCUAUAUGUAACAUUUGCCUGGGAAAAACAUGAUUUGGCGACCACUGAAAUAUAAAUGUGCACAAGUUGUAUGUA